AUGGCGGCCAAGUACGGCCUAAUGCUACAUCAGAUGGACGUCAAGACAGCGUUUCUUAACGGCUCCCUCAACGAAGACAUCUACAUGGACCAGCCGGCAGGAUACCUGGAUGCAACACAGCCGGACUAUGUGUGCAAGCUUAAGAGAUCGCUCUAUGGCUUGAAGCAAUCGCCACGCAUGUGGAACCAAACGAUCGAUGGGUUCAUGAUCAAGAUGGGAUUCAAGAAGUGCGAAUCGGACCACUGCAUCUACAUCAAGCGAGACGACCAAGACAUGAUUAUCGUGGUGCUCUACUUCGAUGAUCUCAUCCUGGCCAGCAGCAACAACGAACUACUCAAGUCGACAAAGAUGGCGCUGAGCACACGCUUCGAAAUGACGGAUCUCGGUGAGCUCGAUUACUUUCUCGGUAUGAAGAUCAAGAACGACCGUAAGACUGGAAUGGUGACUGUGCGACAAACCAAGUUUCUCAAUUCCAUGUUGACCAGGUUUGGAAUGGAUAACAGCAAGCCAGUGAAGACGCCUCAAGAUCCCGAUCUGAAGCUCACCAAGAACAUGUGUGACCAAGAAUGCAAGCACGAAGACACCAUGUGCAACGUGCCAUAUCGAAGUGCUGUCGGAGGCAUCAUGUAUCUCAUGGUCGCCACACGUCCGGAUCUAGCUGCUGCAGUGGGAUCAUUAUCCCAGUUCUCGUCCGACCCAUGCCCGACUCACUGGCAAGCUUUGAAGCGUGUGCUGAGAUACCUGCAAGCAACGCCCAAUCAUGGUCUUGAGUUUACACGUGAAGAAGGAAGCCGUAUCUGCGGGUACACCGACGCAGACUGGGCCGGCGACAUUGAGUCAAGACGAAGUACAAGCGGCUAUGUGUUCAUGAUGAACGGAGGAUGCAUCAGCUGGAAAAGCCAGAAACAACGGACGGUCGCGCUAUCUUCAACAGAAGCAGAAUACAUGGCGCUUUCCGAAGCAACCAAAGAAGCAGUAUGGCUCAAGGUGCUUUUGGGGGAACUUGGUGAGAUGACAAGCGACGAAGCGAUCAAGAUGUAUGAAGACAACCAAGGAUCAAUCGCUCUCGCCAAGAACCCGGAGUUCCAUAAGAGAACAAAACACAUCGACAUACGCUACCAUUUUGUGCGUGAGAAGGUGGAAUCAGGUGAAGUCGUUUUGGAGUAUUGCCCGACUCAAGAUAUGCUGGCAGACAUGAUGACCAAGCCGAUCGCCGCUGUACAAUUUGAAAACAUUCGCGAUCGACUUGGGAUCCAAGGUGCCGCAGCUAACGAGUCGAGAGGGAGUGUUGAAAAGACAGCGGCUGUGAAGAAGACACCUCGUCAAGCUGCGUCAAGUGUUGAAGCAAGUGGAAGACCAAGCUUCGCUAUACCGGUGGGUACCGGUAUGUACCAGUAA